UUUGAUAUGGCAGAGUUUUGAUCACCCAACGGAUACGCUAUUAGCAGGCAUGAAGCUUGGGAGGAAUUUUGUAACUGGCAGAGAGGUGUACUUGUCAUCAUGGAAGAAUGAGGAGGAUCCAGCUCCGGGUGAUUAUACAUACCACUGUGAUCCUACUGGUUACCCACAGACUAUUGUGAAGAAGGGCUCAGAUGUUGUGUAUAGCUCUGGACCGUGGAAUGGUCGAUAUUUCAGUGGAACACAAAACUCGAGACUAGGUACUUUCUAUACAUAUGGAGUAUAUUCAAGUAAGACAGAGGUGUACUUUUUGUAUAAGCUCACAUCUUCAGUUCUUGUGAGGUUGACAGUAAGUCAUAAUGGAAUUCUACAGAUUUGGACUUUGGGUGACAGAGAACAGGGUUGGGUACCUUUGAUCUUAGUACCAGCAGAUAAAUGUGAGGUUUAUAAUUCGUGUGGCGCAUAUGGUAGCUGCAACAGUCAAGAUUCUCCAGUAUGUAGAUGCUUAGAUAAAUUUGUGCCCAACAAUAGUGAUGCUUGGAAGAGGGAAGAUUGGUCAGGUGGCUGUGUUCGGAAAACUAAACUAAAUUGCCUUCAAAGAGAUGUAUUUUUGAAGUAUUCGCAUAUUAAAUUGCCAGACACACGGAAUUCCUGGUCCAAUGUGACUAUGACACUAGAAGAAUGCAAGGAUAUCUGCUCAAAAAAUUGCUCUUGUAUGGCUUACUCAAACCCUGACAUACGAGGAAGUGGAUGCUUAUUGUGGUUUGGGGAUCUGCUUGACAUUCGGAAGGGAACCAACGGACUGCAAGAGAUCUACAUAAGAAUGGCUGCUUCUGAAUCAGAUAAUCAGGAGGAAUCGGAUGGAAAGAAAGGAAAAGUACUUUUCUGGAUUCUGCCAUUAUCAGUUGGUCUGAUUCUGGUAUUCCUUAGUCUGCUGAUCUACCAUAGAAGAAGGAAGAAGGCUUUAGAGCUCAAAAACAAAGGAAGGACAGGAUGUGGGGGCAAUUGCGCUGAAGAAUUUGAAAUACCACUGUUUGACUUAUCUACCAUAGCAAACGCUACCAAUAACUUUUCAAUUGACAGACAGAUUGGAGAGGGAGGCUAUGGACCUGUUUACAAGGGCAUACUUGAAGGAGGGGAAGUAGCUGUCAAGCGGUUAUCUAGAACUUCCACACAAGGAGAAAAUGAGUUCAAAAAUGAAGUUGUAUAUAUUGCCAAACUUCAGCACAGAAAUCUGGUGAAGAUUCUUGGCUGCUGCAUUGAAGGGAAGGAAAAAAUGUUGAUCUAUGAGUAUUUGCCGAAUGGGAGUCUUGAUUCAUUUAUAUUUGAUGACGCACAAAGCAAGGUAUUAGAUUGGCCUAAGCGAUUUCACAUUAUCAAUGGUAUAGCUCGGGGACUUAUGUAUCUGCAUCAAGAUUCUCAAUUGAGAAUAAUCCACAGAGACCUGAAAGCUAACAACAUCUUGUUAGACAAGGACUUGAAUCCAAAGAUAUCAGACUUCGGGAUAGCAAAAAUAUGUGAAGAGAAUGACAAUGGAGCCAAGACAAACCGAGUUGUUGGAACAUAUGGAUACCUCUCACCAGAAUAUGCAUUGCACGGGAGAUACUCAGUAAAAUCAGAUGUAUUUAGCUUUGGUAUCUUAAUAUUGGAAAUUGUGAGUGGGAAAAGCAACAGAAGAUUCUCUCAUCCAGAUCACAACCUUAAUCUACUUGGACAUGCAUGGAAACUCUAUAAAGAAGGUAGGUCAACAGAACUACUUGAUGAAUACCUAGGUGAUUCUUGUUCAACAACCGAAGUGGAACGAUCAAUCUGUGUUGGUCUAUUAUGUGUCCAACAAAGUCCAGAAGACCGUCCAAGUAUGUCUUCUGCAGUUAUGAUGUUAAGCAAUGAAGGUGAAUUGCCACAGGCUAAACAGCCAGGUUUUUACAUAGAAAGAGAUGCACCAGAUGGUGAAUUAUAUGCACAGAAUACAGUGAGUGAGACCCCCAUCACAAUAUUAGCUCUUCGUCUGCGCCGAGCACUGAAAAAGGAAAUGGAGGUACAACUUCAAUUAUACAACUUUACACCAAUUUAUGAAUCAAAGAUGAACUUCCUCAUAGAUACAGAUGAAUGCAUAUCGGCAGUAGAAUUAGAUGAAAAUGAUAGGGGAUUUGACAAAGGGUUGAUGAUCGGGCAAAACGAAAGAGAGGGAAAUGAGGAGUUUAGUUGGAUUUUCCCUCCACUGAUGCAUACAAUAACUACAACUCAUUUUCUGAAAGAUGGUGAUGAUAAUGUUGCUUCAACUGGUGGAAUAUUCGAAAUGGGGUUCUUCAGUCCAGGUAAUUCGAAAAAUCGCUAUGUGGGUAUGUGGUAUAAGAACACAUCUGUUAGGACAGUGGUGUGGGUUGCCAACAGAGAAGCUCCUUUGACUGGUGGAUUAGGUAUCUUGAAAAUAAUCAAGCCAGGAAUUCUUGUCCUUGUCAAUGGCACUAGCCAUGUUGUGUGGUCAACUAAUACCACUAGAUCUGUGCAGAAUCCUGUAGCGCAGUUGCUAGAUUCUGGAAAUCUUAUUGUCAAAGAAGCUGGUGAUGAUAGCCCGGGGAAUUUGAUAUGGCAGAGCUUUGAUCACCCAACGGAUACGCUAUUAGCAGGCAUGAAGCUUGGUAGGAACUUUGCAACUGGCAGAGAGGUGUACUUGUCAUCAUGGAAGAAUGAUGAGGAUCCAGCUCCCGGUGAUUCUACAUACAACUGUGAUCCUUCUGGUUACCCGCAGAAUAUCCUGAAGAAGGGCUCGGAUGUAGUAUACCGUUCUGGACCAUGGAAUGGUCGCUCUUUCAGUGGGAACCAAAACUCAAGAGAAGGUCCUUCCUAUACAUUUGGAGUAUAUUCAAGUAAGACAGAGGUGUAUUUUGGAUAUAACCUCACAACUUCAAUUCUCGUGAGGUUGACAUUAAGUCACAAUGGAGUCCUACAGGUUUGGACUUGGGGUGAUGGAGACCAAGGUUGGAUCCCUUUCCUCUUAAUACCCGCUAAUAACUGUGAUAUGUAUAAGUUGUGUGGCGCAUAUGGCAGCUGCAACAGUCAAGAUUCUCCAGAAUGUGGAUGCUUAGACAAAUUUGUGCCCAACAAUAGUGAUGCUUGGAAGAGGAAAGACUGGUCAGGUGGCUGUGUUCGGAGAACUGAACUAAAUUGCCUCCAAGAAGAUGUAUUUUUGAAGUAUUCGCAUAUCAAAUUGCCAGACACACGGAAUUCCUGGUCCAAUGUGGCUAUGACACUAGAAGAAUGCAAGAAUACCUGCUCUAAAAAUUGUUCUUGUAUGGCUUACUCCAAUUCUGACAUACUCAACGGAGGAAGUGGAUGCUUAUUGUGGUUCAAGGAUCUGCUUGACAUUCGGCAGGGGCCCAACGGAGGGCAAGAUAUCUACAUUAGAAUGGCUUCUUCUGAAUCAGAUAGUCUGGAGCAAUCAGAUGGAAAGAAAAGGAAAGUACUUUUCUGGAUUCUACCAUUAUCAGUUUGUUUGAUUCUGGUAUUCCUUACUCUGGUGGUCUACCAUAGAAGAAGGAAGAAGGCUUUAGAGCUCAAAAACAAAGAAUUUGAAAUACCACUGUUCGACUUAUCUACCAUAGCAAAGGCUACCAAUAACUUUUCAAUUGACAGACAGAUUGGAGAGGGGGGCUUUGGACCUGUUUACAAGGGCAUACUUGAAGGACAGGAAAUAGCCGUCAAGCGGUUGUCUAAAACUUCUACACAAGGAGAAAAAGAGUUCAAAAAUGAAGUUUUAUAUAUUGCUAAACUUCAGCAAAGGAAUCUGGUGAAGAUUAUUGGCUGUUGCAUUGAAGGGGAAGAAAAAAUGUUGAUUUAUGAGUACUUGCCAAAUGGGAGUCUUGAUUCAUUUAUAUUUGAUGACAUACAAAGCAAGGUAUUAGACUGGCCUAAACGAUUUCACAUUAUCAAUGGCAUAGCUCGGGGACUUAUGUAUCUGCAUCAAGAUUCUCAAUUGAGGAUAAUCCACAGAGAUCUGAAAGCUAACAAUAUCUUGUUAGACAAGGACAUGAAUCCAAAGAUAUCAGACUUUGGCAUUGCAAAAAUAUGUGAUGGGAAUGACAUUGGGGACAAGACAAACCAAGUUGUUGGAACACAUGGGUACCUCUCACCGGAAUAUGCAUUGCACGGGAGAUACUCAGUAAAAUCAGAUGUAUUUAGCUUUGGUAUCUUAAUAUUGGAAAUUGUGAGUGGGAAAAGCAACAGAAGAUUCUCUCAUCCAGACCACAACCUUAAUCUACUUGGACUUGCAUGGAAACUCUAUAAAGAAGGCAGGUCGACAGAACUACUUGAUGAAUACCUAGGGAAUUCUUGUUCAACACCUGAAGUGGAACGAUCAAUCUGUGUUGGUCUAUUAUGUGUCCAACAAUGUCCAGAAGAUCGUCCAAGUAUGUCUUCUGUGGUUAUGAUGUUAAACAAUAAAGCUGUAUUGCCACAGGCUAAACGGCCAGGUUUUUACAUUGAAACAGAUGCACCGGAUGGUGAACUCUCGUCUAGCCAUACUGAGACCCCCAUCACAAUAUUGGUUGCUCAAUAA